CAUGAUCAAUUCAGACCCAACGGCUUGAUUCGAGUUACUCACACACACUAGACCCUUUCUUAUCUUUCCUAUCCUCGACUCGACUCGACUCCCUUUUUAUUUCCCAUCAACACAGAGCUUGUGCCCUACUCGUGCCACUCUCGCAUCUCGGACUCCCUUCGCUCGUUUCAUUCCUCUACUCAGCACAGGUCCGUUUCCUCCUCUCGAUAUUCCGAUCUCCUUCCAGCUGAUUUCUUGCUCUUGUGAUUCGUUUCUCUCCGUCGAUUCUCCUGUUUCUGUUGAUUCCGACGAUCGGUUUUCUGGAUCUGUCGCUGGAACGGCUUUGUGAAAUGUGCGGGAUGUUUGAUGAGAUUCGCGUGUGUUCUUGUUUGUUCGCCGGUCGUCGUAGCUCCGAUUUCUUUCUCGAAGCUCCUUCCGUCUGCUCAAUCCGAUCUGGCUGUAUUUUCUUAUUUUGUUUAUUUUUUCCAGAAUCUGCCGGCGACAAUGGCGAAGAACUACCCCACCGUGAACGAGGACUACAAGAAGUCCAUCGACAAGGCCAAGAAGAAGCUCAGAGCCUUGAUCGCCGAGAAGAACUGCGCUCCUCUGAUGCUCCGUCUCGCAUGGCACUCAGCUGGGACCUUCGAUGUGAAGUCAAAGACUGGCGGCCCAUUCGGAACCAUGAGGUACGCGGCCGAGCUGGCCCAUGGGGCUAAUAAUGGGCUGGAUAUUGCUGUGAGACUCCUUGAGCCCAUCAAGGAGCAGUUCCCUAACAUCACCUACGCUGAUUUCUAUCAGCUCGCUGGUGUUGUUGCUGUCGAGAUCACUGGAGGACCUGAAGUUCCAUUCCACCCUGGUAGAGAGGACAAGCCGCAGCCACCUCCAGAGGGCCGCCUCCCCGAUGCUACCAAGGGAUCUGACCACCUGAGAGAUGUCUUUGGCACCAUGGGUCUAAGCGAUCAGGAUAUUGUUGCUCUAUCUGGUGGCCACACUCUGGGAAGGUGCCACAAGGAGCGAUCUGGGUUUGAAGGCCCCUGGACUGCCAACCCUCUUAUCUUUGAUAACAGCUACUUCAAGGAGCUCCUGAGUGGUGAGAAGGAAGGUCUUCUACAGUUGCCAACUGACAAGGCACUACUCUCUGAUCCCGUCUUCCGCCCCCUUGUUGAUAAAUACGCUGCGGACGAGGAUGCUUUCUUCUGCGACUAUUCCGAAGCUCAUCUGAAGCUGUCCGAGCUCGGAUUCGCUGAUGCUUAAGCUGUAGUAGCGAUUUGGUGGAUGAUGUAGUGGAUGGUGCCAAACAAUCUGGGGUGCGAGUUUUCAGAAGAGGUGAUGGCUGAAUUUGUGGGCUUUUUUUGGGAUCAUGUUCCAUGUUACGGAAAUGAGCUAGAUCUCCAUGGGAACAUGUCCGACUCUAGUUUGGUGCCAAUCCUUUUAGACUUGAAUAACAAGAAUAUUUCGCUGUAUUUGUUUAUGGCUGAGAAAUGCAAGAAUGCGAUUUGGGGGACUGACUGACUAGCUUGAAUGUUCAUUCAUUACGUUUAUUCAUAUGCAAGAAGGAACAAGGCAAGAUGAUGGGUUGCGCACGGCAUGGUCAUCGUCCUUGGUGGGAAUUUGUGAUUUUAUUUUAUUUACCGUCAACUGUUCGCGGACUUAGACUGCAAGUGAGUUGAGUUGCUUGUGAGCACGACACUGAGGAAUUUGAGAAGUUGGGAGACUCCAUUGAGGGAGUUAUUCAUAAUGGAUAACUUAAACAGUUCAUCUAAAGUCUCAAAAGCUCAAUCCAACAACCUUCAUCAUCGGACAAAGAAAAAGCUCCACAAGGAAGCGGAUCGGUGUUAAAUGCUGUUGUACAAGUCCAUACAUGGAGGAGCCGAACUACAAUAGGAAUGUUCAAUAUCUCAUAAGACCUACGCUUGAACUUUGGUCAGCUCCACCUCCAUUACCACAGAUCAUAAUCCUAUCUUCUUAGAUUCUCGAGACCUCGAGGAUAUCGAAUAUCCCCAUGAUGACCCUCUGGUAAAUGAGGCUACUAUCGCCAACUACACCAUGUAACGAGUUCUCGCAAAUGGAUGGAGAUCAAUCGACAUACUUUUUUACGCCGCUUUUUGCUCGUUGGGUCCUGUCACUCUCUGACGAGGUAAAGUUCAGCACCCGACCGAGAGAUGACAAUUCUGUUCAUCGCCGAUGGCAGAACAGGAGAAGAGAGAGAGAGUGAUCUGGGUGGAGGUCUGAAGACCAAGUCGAUCCAGCCCAGCGGCGCAGAAACAUUCCAGGCAACCCAAUGGAUAUUUUCCCUGGAAUGGUUCGCUUCGAUUGCAUCUCAUUUCCAGAAUCGAGAUCGGGCAGAAUCGGUCCUGGAAACGAGCAAUCACGACCAAAAAACGGCUUUAAUGGUUGUGAAGUUCGGGAUCGAUUCGCGCCAAACCACUGAUGAAGAAACAUCGAGGAAAGUCCUAGGAAGCUGGAUUCGUCAAUUCAGUGCGGGAAUGCUUGAAUACAAAAGCUCCAAAAUCGAAUAGGGAUUCCUGUGCCCAGAAAAUCUGAACUGUGACGAUGGCGGGAAAACUGAAUUCUUCGAUUCGAGCGAGAUGGUGCAGAUUCGAAGCCACGGACUGGUGCAGAACUUCAAUUGGAAGUAAGACGAAGCUCGAGAGCGCGUUCAAUUGAGUUUGAGAUCCCUGAAGAAUAAACCCUCAAAAUUUCUAGCGAAGAACAUGUAUGACCUAAUUUUGCAGGCACUGAAGUCCGAACAACUUACAUUGGAUCCAAUUUGGGAUCAAUUUUGUGUAUCAUUCGAGAAGAAGAAGGUGCAAGCUUUGAGGGCAAAACUUUUUCAACAAGGGGGCCUGAUAUGAUCCCAUGGAUUGAUCAAGAAGCAAGUUCAAUUGGGAAGAAGGGAUUUGAAUUUUGGCCAAGUAUUUUAUGUGUUUCACGUCGUCAACUUUGGAGGCUUGGUUCCCUCAAUUGGCUCGGUGGAAACCUGAGUUUAAUGGCUUGUUUUGAAGGUGGAUUGUUCUUCUACAAAUGGGAAUGCUUGGAUUCUCAAGGAGAAGCCUGGAAGGUUAUGGUUGAAGCUGGCCAAAGUUCCCAGUUUAAACCGAGAAACUGCCUGAAAAUGGCUAAGGCAUGAACCAUGAUAAAGAAGCUAUCUUGGGAGUUUAAUUUGAACCAGAUGGAGGAGAAUCAAGGCCAGAGAGCUAUGCCACAUUAAAGUAAAUGUUUCAAU